CCCUGUUAGCUCUCGGCUGUCACACUGAAUCUCGGUUUAUGAUGGCAGCACCUAAACUUUCACUCUGCGCCGAUCAGUACUGCUGUCCGGUGUGCCUGGAGGUUCUGGAAGAGCCGGUCACCAUCCCGUGUGGGCACAGCUACUGCAUGCACUGCAUUCACGACUACUGGGACCAGUCUGACAGAGUGGGAGCCUACAACUGUCCUCAGUGCAGACGGACAUUUAACGUAAGGCCGGAGCUUAAUAAAAGCACCGUAUUAACAGAACUGAUAAAGCAACUGAAGGAGGUGUCAGCCGUCGUGAGUCCCUCCGAGAGUUACGCUGGACCUGAUGAUGUGUGCUGCGAUUUUUGUGCAGGGAGAAAACUGAGAGCAGUGAAGACCUGCCUGACAUGCAUGGCCUCCUAUUGUGAGAAUCACCUGCAGCCACACAGAGAGCAUGAAGCUCUGAAGAGACACAAACUGGAGCAGCCGACUAUAAAACUGGAAGAGAAACUCUGCACGAAACAUCAAAAAGUUCUGGAGAUCUUCUGUCGAACUGAUGAGACCUGCAUCUGCCUAAUGUGUGCAGUGACUGAUCAUAAGAGCCACAACACGGUGACAGCUGAAGAAGAGCGAGCUGUGAGACAGAACCUACUGGAAGAGAGAAUGGCUGAAUUGAAAAAGAAAAUUGAGGAGAAAGAGAAGAAACUGAUGGAGGUGAUGGAGACCAUCGAUAGGAUUCAGAGGACUUCAGAAAGAGAAGUGCGGGAACAUGAAGAAACCUUCAACUCUGUACUUCAGGCCAUUGAGAGGCUGAGGACAGAAGUCACUGAGGUCAUUAAAGAUUACGAGAGGAGGAAAGUGACAAAGGCCAAAGAGGUCAUGGAGCAACUGGAGCAGGAGGUGAAGGAGCUCAAGUGGAGAGAGGCUAAUCUGGCUGAGCUGGCUGAGCUUUCACAGAUUGAUGACCACAUCCAUGUCCUAAAGAAGUUGCCAUCUCUCCCUUUCCCUAUUGGAAACGAAGACACAACAGAUGUCGGCAUCAGUGGAGAUUUGCUUCCCGAGACUCUGAGGAUGAGUCUGUCCGAACUGGAAAAGAGUCUACGGGAGUUGAGCAGCUGGGAGUUUGUGAAGGCCAGUGAGGCGGGCCACAUUUUGCAGAAUCUGAGGACCAAAAAUGGACUUUUAAAAUACUGCUGUCAGCCCACCCUGGACUCCAACUCAGCACACAGAUGCCUCCGCCUGUCUGAAGGGAACAGCAAGGUGACACGUCAGGACACCAUGAGCUCGUAUCCUGCUCAUCCAGACAGAUUUGAUUUUUUCGUCCAAGUUCUGGGCAGAGAGGCUCUGAGUGGAAGUCGCUGCUACUGGGAGGUUGAAUGGAGUGGAAGAGGAGUAGGCAUUGGAGUGACGUAUGGUGGCAUAAAAAGGAAAGGAGACAGUCAGGAGUGUCACCUUGGGCGUAAUGACAGGUCCUGGAAUUUGUUCUGUUGUCAUUCCAGUUACUCUGUGUGGCACAAUAACUUGAAGACUAAAAUCAGAGCUCCCUCCGCUCAGAGAAUAGGUGUGUAUCUGGACUGGCCUGCGGGCUCCCUGUCAUUUUAUCGUAUCUCGGACACAAUGACGCUCCUGCACAGGUUCAGCGCCUCCUUCAGUGAGCCUCUCUAUCUGGGGUUUGUGGUCAGACCAAACUCCGGUGUGACAGUCUGUCCUCUGAGCUCACCUGACUAGGGACGGGCCGGGGUGGUCUGCAGGUGACUUCAUGUCUACUCUCACACAGGCUCUCUUGUUAUUUAACUGUAAGGAAAAAAAUCUGUGGACCUUCACAAUAUUGAAUAUUAGCUUGGGGGCUUAUGUUAAGUACACUUAAUUACCACAUAGUGGCGCUGUGUAUAAAUUUAAAUCUAAAGUCAGCCUCAAGUAGAAUAGAAAGCAAACGUGAGCACACACAUGACAUGAAAGUCAAGUCCCCCCUAACCCCGAAUAUGAAAUAUGAAUUUGGUUUGAAUGAGAUGGGAAUAUUAAAGAGCGAGUCAGAACUGACAAGUGAACUCAUUUUAAUCCACUCUAAUGGCAAACGGGUUAGCACUGUGGCCUCAAAGCUCCCAGUGACCCUCUUCAAAUCCCAGGUUUGUCCCCGUGCCGUAUUCCAUGUUCUCCCAGUAUAGGUACAGAUUUUUUCCUUCAGUUCUCCCUUGAGAUCUCAGAAUCCUUCAGUUUUGUUAACUUGAUGUUGUCAUGAAUUUAUUUUCAAUAAAUGUUCUGAAGUUGCUCUGCAAAUGGUUUAGUGUAUAUAUGAAAUAUGAAUGGGCGGCAUGGUGGCGCAGUGGUAGCAGG